AUGAAGAUUUUUGUAACUCUUUUCGUUUUGAUGGCUGUUGCCCUCUCAAGUGCACAUUUCCAAUGUGGAACCAAUACCUGCAAUCCAAACUACAGUUGUAUCUUUGACGGUCACAACCAUGGUUGUCUCUAUGGUUGUGGUGAUAUGGUUAUGAUUCACCAACAAAUUGUAAAUCAAUGGAAUGUUGACUCACAACACUUUGUUCAAGUCCAAGUCUCUGUUGUCAACCAUAGCGCCUACAAUGUCAACAAUGUCAUUAUUGGUGCUGCCGAUGGUACUUUGAAUUUAAGAGACAACACCAGUGGUUCCAUCUGGAAUAUCCAAUGUUUGCCAUCCGGUGACUUCACUUUGCCAUCUGCCACCCCAACCAUCAAUGCUGGUCAAACCUUCAACUUUGGUUACAUCAACAGGGGUUACAAUGUUGCCAAUCUCUAUGUCAAGAACAUCCAUAUCCUCUAA